GUUGUCAAAAUAUUAUUUUCGUUUCCCGUAGAAUUAUAAUUUUUAUUUAUUUUAAUUUAACAUCGAAAAAAUCAAGAAUAGUUAAUAUUAAUUGUGUGAAGAAACUAUAUUAACUAAUUAACAUAUACGAGCAGUAUUGUAAGAUAAAAAAUGAAUGCAGAGAGUGCAAUUGGAGAUGGCAAGACAAUAGAUAGUGGAAGUGUUCCUAUACUUCCUGUUAAUCAUAAAUUUGUUGCACCUGAGAAAGCUGUGAAGACUAUAGCGGAUAUGGCUGUAUGGGAGAAAUCUGAAGCUUACAUGGAAUACACUGGAUUUAUUGCCACACUCAAUGAGGCAAUAAGAGGGAAACCUUUAUCAGUUGAUUGUAAGAUAUCACAAAAUGUAACAAAAAUUAUUAAUUUACUUGAUAAAAUUGAUAAAAUAAUAGAUGAGUUUCCACCAGUUGAACAGCCUCAGAGAUUUGGUAACACUGCCUUCAGAGAUUGGCUGGCAAAAAUAAAAUCAACUACUACGCACUUACUACAAGAAGCAUUAGAUCAAAAAUUGCAUCUGGCAAUACCUGAAAUUAAAAUAUAUUUGGAAGAAAGCUUUGGGAAUGCCACCCGAAUUGAUUAUGGAACUGGUCAUGAGAUGUCUUUUGUUAUGUUUCUGUGUUGCCUGUAUAAAAUAGGUUGUUUGGAUGUUGAAGACAAUGUAGCCACAGUAUUUUUAAUAUUCAAUAAAUAUAUAAAUAUUUCAAGAAAACUACAGAAAACAUAUAGAAUGGAGCCAGCGGGGAGUCAUGGAGUUUGGAGCUUGGAUGACUAUCAAUUUAUACCGUUUAUUUGGGGUAGCUCGCAACUGAUUGAUCAGCCAAAAAUAUAUCCUCCGGGAAAAUUCUUGGAAGAUGAUAUUGUAGAUAAAUAUUCUGAAGAGUAUAUGUUCAUUUCUUGUAUUAAAUAUAUAAAGGAAGUGAAAAAAGGUCCAUUUGCAGAGCACUCUAAUCAAUUAUGGAGCAUAAGUGCAGUAGGCUCCUGGACUAAAAUAAACCAAGGUCUCAUUAAAAUGUAUAAAAAGGAGGUUUUAGCAAAAUUCCCUGUAAUUCAGCAUGUGUUGUUUGGUUCACUUCUUCCUAUACGUAGAUUUCCAAUCAAUCACUAAUUGUAUUGUACAUAUAGUACAAUAUAGCAGGGUGAAAUAUUUAACUAUGAUUUUAUAAUUCAUUAAUUGAAUGUGUAUAUGUAAAUACUUAAUUUGUUUAAUGAAUUUAGCAUUUUCAUAGAUAGUCC